AUGGAGUCAUAAAAAUAUACUUCUCCAUAUGCUAAAUUAUGGGAAUAGAAGGAUUGGAGAGAAGUACUUAAACAGGAGAUCAAGACAAAUGAUCCUAAUGCAAAAAUAACAAAUAAGGCUCUAAUUGAAUAAUACUUUAAAAGAUAUAUGAUGCUUCAACCUACCGAUAAGGCCAAUCUUAUUGUCAAUCAUCCUGCAUUACUACAAGUGGACAAAGAAAAAAUUGACAAAGUGACUAAUGAUACAAUGAUGAGUUUAGUUAAUGCUACAUCUGGUUGCACAGUGGCCUCAUUGCUAUUCUACAAAAUAUUAUUGAGUAAAAGAAGAAUCUUCUACGACUUUUAUCGAAAGGGUCGACUCUCAUUUGUGAAAAAACCAAUAUCCGUGUUCCUUUUAUUCAUGAGUUGGGGUGCUGGCUUAUCCUAUGGUUAUAAACAAACAAUUCCAUUUGAAUUAUUCAAACAAGGGAUGUACAAAAAAUACCUCAUAGAGUAUGAUAAAGUAUAUUUAUGAGUAAUAUGUAAAUGAAAUACUUCUUUAACAUUCUCUC